AUGGUGCGCUCGACGCAGAUCGUGCGCGUGUUUGACGCGCUUCCUCUUGCGCAGAGCGUCGACGAUGACCAGGGUGGCGUCGACUUGACGCAGUACAAGCAGCAGGCCAAGACCAUUUUCCGGAAACUCACGCCGCAGUCGGAAACGCGCUGCACGAUCGAGAGCGGCCCGAUGGCCCUGCACUAUCUCGUGCAGCCCCCACCUGGAGACCCUCGCUCGGUGGUGUACCUUACGAUUACCGACCGCUCGUACCCCCGCAAGCUUGCGUUUAGCUACUUGGACGAGCUUGCGAAAGAGUUCGACACGAGCUACGGCUCGCAGGUCCAGCAGCGCAACCUGCGUCCGUAUGCAUUUGUGGGAUUUGACACCUUUAUGCAGCGCACCAAACGCCUCUACGCCGAUACCCGGACUGCCGAGACCGCGACGGGGUCCAAUCUCGAUCGCCUGAACGAGGACCUGCACGACGUGCAAAAAAUCAUGACCAAGAACAUGGAGGAUCUACUUUGGCGUGGCGAUAGCCUGGACCAAAUGUCGUCGAUGUCGUCGUCGCUGCGUGACGAAUCGCUCAAGUACCGCCGUGCUGCACGCAAGAUUAAUGUGGAUGCUAUGGUCCGCAAGUACGCGCCCAUCGGCGCUAUCGCGGUCCUCUUCCUGUUCAUCGUGUACAUUCGGUUUUGGUAG